AUGCAGCUACGCUGGAGCGGCAACCUGGUGCGCAUGGACGACGAGCGACUACCCAAACGACUCUUCUACGGAGACGUCGCGACGGGCUCUCGUCGUCAAGGAGGCCAGAUUCGCCGUUACAAGGAUACCCUGAAGCGCCUGCAAAUCAACCCCACCAACUGGGAGGAGCUCGCACUCGAUCGACCGACCUGGAGGAGGACAGUGAAGACAGGCGCUGCGAUCUACGAAGCCAACCGCAUCGCUGCCGCCAAAGCGAAACGCGAAGCCCGCAAAGCACAACUUCGUCCAGUACGCAACGCCGCCGCACAACCGCUUCCAACGUGUCCAUGA